CAGGCCUGCGCAAUUGUUGCUUGUUUUGCUCUUUGAAUCUUUAUUAAUAUUGACAGUCUUUUCAGGUGUCAAGGCCACAACAACAUUAGUUAACUGCAUUUGUGCAAAAGCGCUCCAGGGAAACAAAAAUGCUGAUCCAAGAGUCACACUAUGAUGUCAAAACUUCCGCUGCGGGGGAGGGGAGCAUGAGAAUAUAUGUGUUUCAUCCCACGAUUCCCGGAUACCCAAAGGCAAAAUUUCCUGGCGUGGUUGUGUUCAGCGAAAUUUACCAAGUGACCGGACCUGUCACCCGCUUCGCACGCAUGAUAGCUGGCCACGGGUAUAUCUGCGCAGCGCCAUCGAGCUACCAUGAAUUUACCGGUCCAGAGCCACUAAAAUACGAUGCGACGGAUACCGAUAAGGGCAAUGCAUGGAAGAUCACCAAAAAACUUACAGCUUAUGAUGAAGACGCAAAGCUCAGUGUCGACUAUCUGCUGUCACUCCCCACGUGCAAUGGCCGCGUUGGGGCGACUGGAAUGUGCCUCGGCGGGCAUCUGGCGUACCGCUGCGCGCUGGACGAACGGGUUAAAGCUGCGGUGUGCUUCUUUGCGACUGACAUACACAGCAAAACCCUCGGCAAGGGAAAGAAUGACGAUAGCCUGCAGAGAGCGGGCGAUAUCAAAGGCGAAUUGGUCAUGAUCUUUGGUAAAAAUGACACACACGUCCCGCCAGCCGGUAGGGACUUGAUUCGGCAGACGCUUCAUGAGAAAGGAGUUUGCUUCAGCUUUUACGAAGCUGCAUGGGCUCAGCACGCGUUCAUCAGAGACGAGCUAAGCAAGGGCCGGUACGACCCUGCGUUAACAAAAGUUUGCGUCGAGAUGAUGUUUGAAGUGUUUGGGCGUACUCUCAUGGUUGAGCUUGGAGACACUGACGGGAAAAGCCUCCAGGUGGAGGAUGUCUGCUAG